UGGGAGCACAAUGAGAUUAAUGUCUGGCUCCAGGCACAGUCUGUUUAAGUAAGAGAAACUCCAGUGCUAGCCUAGUAUUAUUUACUGCCUUAGAACAAUCCUUUUUUUUAGUACCUCCAUUCAUCCAAGAACAACAUUAACUUCAGAGAAUACUUAGGUACCUGUACAGCAAAAUCAAUGAGACCAUUGAUAUUCAGAGCCGGCUCCAUUAAAUCAAGUAUAAGUUGGACAUGGUGAGCCAGAGGAAGGUGGUAAGACGUUCCUGAAGCGAAGCUUGUAAUUUGUUCCAGCACAUUGCAAGAUAUCUGGGGACACAACCAGGAGAAGCGUCAUUUCUCAACAAGUAAUUAUCAUACACAAUAGAAGCUCACACUGCGCACACGCUAAGAAAAAGCAGAAGUAUUAAUGUUCUGUUAAAGAAGAGAAACUGAAAAAUGCAUCCGGUAUAAUUAAUCGUUCUAAUAUUCUGAAUAGUACAAGUUAAUAGUUCCAUUGCCGUAGCUCCAAGAUGUGGAUCUCUUCACGGGAAAAUUAAAAAAAACUUUAUCUUGUUGAUCUCGCAAUGCAAAUGCAUGGGAUGAUGCCAGCUUUCUGACCAAUAUAUCUGCUACUCUACAAACAUAAGUGGCAAGUAACUGAAUCAUGGAAUAUUCAGGAUUCGGAGAACUCAUAAUAGACUUUACACGACACAACGUUACAAAUUUAGCUAAGAAUUUGAAUUGUUCCAGAGACAACCGUAUCAACCAAGUCCUUUUUCCUGUUCUUUAUUCAUUUCUAUUCGUUGCUGGGACAAUAAUGAAUGGUUUGGCAAUUGUUGUGUUUUUUCAGUUACCAAGCAAAUCAAACUUCAUCAUUUUUCUAAAGAACUCUGUGAUUUCUGACUCUCUGAUGAUUAUGACAUUCCCAUUCAAGAUUCUCGGUGAUGCUGGAUUUGGGCUCUGGCCUUUAAAGGGGUUUGCUUGUCGCUAUACCUCAGUGGUGUUCUACUUUACAAUGUACAUCAGCAUCAUUUUCCUUGGUCUAAUAACUAUAGAUCGAUACAAAAAAACGUCAAGACCCUUCGAUAACUCUUGUACGACAAACCCACGCUCUGCCAAGAUCUUGUCGGCUGCAAUAUGGAUAAUAAUGUUUUCCCUUUCAUUACCGAAUAUGAUUUUAACCAACAAGGUAAAGACACAAAAGAACGUGAGGAACUGUAUAAACCUCAAGUCUGAUUUUGGCCGCAUUUGGCAUGAAACUGUGAGCUUCAUAUGUCAGAUUAUUUUCUGGGUUACUUUUGCUGUCAUAGUGGUGUGUUACCUUCUUAUAACCAGAAAACUUGUCCAGUCCUUUAAAAAAACACGAAGGGCACCAUUGAAAUCCAGAAAAAGGGUGAAUGUAAAAGUUUUUAUUAUUAUUGGUGUAUUCUUCGUAUGUUUUGUCCCGUACCACUUUGCUCGGAUCCCAUACACGAUAAGUCAGACACGGGAUGUGUUCAUGUGUUCGGCACAGAAUACUCUCUUCUACGUUAAAGAGAGCACAUUAUUCCUUUCAUCUCUAAAUGCAUGUCUGGACCCUUUCAUCUACUUCUUUCUCUGCAGGUCAUUCCGAAAUUCACUUAAUACUAUUUUCAAGAAAAGGCAGGCCUGUCUUUCUUUAGGUACAAGUGUUAAAGCAUCACAGCGAUAUGAUAUAAACAAAGCAGAAACUAGAAUUUAGCAGAAUUUGAGGUUUGCUGCUGAAUAUAGGACCUAGAGCUUUAUUUGAAUUAAAGGGUUUGUAAAGGAUUUUUUUAUUUUAUCUUAAUAGCUUCAUUUACCUUAAUGCAGUGCUGUUUUCAU